AGGUGGUACCACUAUGACCUGUCUCGCCAUGCUGCAGAGGCCCUUCUCUUGUCCAAUGGGACGGAUGGAAGUUACCUCCUGAGAAACAGUAAUGAGGGAUCAGACUGCUUCGCCCUGUCCGUUAGGGCAAAGGAUUCAGUGAAGCAUUUUCAGGUGACACGAAAUAGCAAUGGCUAUGUGUUUGGUUUUAAUGAGUUUCCAACCCUUCAAGACUUUGUCAACCACUUUGCUAACCAACCUCUGCUGGGCAGCGACACAGGAACCCUCAUUGUUUUGAAGAGUCCGUAUCCAUGGCGUGUGGAGGAGCCAUCUAUUUAUGAAUCUGUGCGAGUUCACACUGCCAUACAGACAGGACGCACAGAAAAUGAUCUGGUAGCAAAUGCACCUUCGCUGGGGACAAAGGAAGGCUUCCUGGUGAAGCAAGGGGCAAUUGUGAAGAACUGGAAGCAAAGGUGGUUCACGCUCAACAGAUAUGAACUUAAAUACUUCAAAGACAAAAUGGUAAGUCUGCUCAGCUCAGUGGUGCAGUGGCUAGCACUGCCAUCUUUCAGAAAGCUUAUGUUCUUCUUCCAUGAACAUCUUAUGUGA